AUGAAUUAAUAGAAUGACUUGAAUGAAGAUUUGUAUGGAGUCUUAGCUUAAUGUAAUGAUUUUGAUCAAUCAAUCUUUCCUAUCCUUAUUAAUAUAUUCAAAAGUGAGAAAAUUUAAGAUUGUCUAUAAUAUCUUUCAUAAGUUAACAAUUAAUGGCAAAACAAAUAAGAAAUAUUAUAAUCAGAAAAUUUAUUACAGAUCAACAAGGAAUAAGUGCUAAAAUUUGGACAAAAUAGCCUUAAGAAAAUAAUAUAUAUACUCAAUAAAAUAAAAGACCAUAAAUUUAACAAACAGAAUUACUCUAUAGAAGAACAUCAAGAGAUGAGAUAAAACCUGAUUAUUAGUAUAUCAAAUGAUAUGAAUAUCAUCGAGUUAUUAAAAUUUUUCGUUCAUCUUACUGCCAUAGAUGAGAGAUAUAUAUAGUGUGGAUCGAAUUCUCUUCAUAUAUUAGUUUAAGUAAAGGUUGAUUUGAAGACACUAUCUUUUAAAAACAUUAAAAUUCAAAAUACUUCACUUGAAGGAGCAAAUUUUGUCAAAUGUGACUUGAGUGGAUCUUACUUGGAUAAUAUCAUAAUUAGUGGAAUGAAAUUAAAUGGAGCCAAAUUAUAUAAUUGUAUAUGGAAGAAUUUAAGAAUAAACGAGUUACAGAAAUUAAAAGGACAUGAUGGGAAUGUCAAUUAAGUUUGCUUUUCUUCAGAUGGGAAUUCAUUAGCCUCUAGUAGUGAUGAUAAUUUGAUUAGGUUGUGGAAUGUGAAAACAGGAAAUAACAAAUCUGUAUUAAAAGCAAAGAGUUAGGUAAAAUCAAUAUGCUUCUCGCCCAAGAAUACUACAAUAGCUUCUUGUAGUAAUGACUUUGUGUAUGUAUGGAAUCAUAAAACAGGGAAAUCAAUAUCAAAAUUAAUUGGCCAUAAAAAUAAAGUUUAUUCAAUCUGUUUCUCUCCUGAUGGUACUAAAUUAGCAUCUGGUAGUUAAGAUGCCUCUAUCUGUAUAUGGGACGUCAAGACAGGAAAACUAAAAGUCAAAUUAAAUGGCCAUAAAAGUUUCAUUUAUUCAGUCUGUUUUUCGCCUGAUGGUACUUCAUUGGUAUCCGGUAGUUAUGAUAACUCUAUCCGUUUAUGGGAUAUUACGACAGGAUAGUAAUAGGCCAAAUUAGAUGGUCAUACAGGUUAUGUUUAUUCAGUCUGUUACUCUCCUGAUGGCAAAACAUUAGCUUCUGGUAGUUAUGAUAAAUCUAUCCGUUUGUGGAAUGUCUAGACAGGAUUAUAAAAAGCGAAAUUAAAUGUUCAUAAUAGCGUUGUUUCUUCAGUUUGUUUCUCUCCUGAUGGUGCUACAAUCGCAUCAGGUAGUUAUGAUAGUUCAAUCUGUUUGUUGGAUGCUAAGACAAAGUAAUAAAAAGCCAAAUUAAAUGGUCAUACUAAGGGAAUACUAUCAGUCUGUUUCUCUCCUAAUAGUGCAAAACUAGCAUCUGGUAGUUUUGAUGACUCUAUCUGCAUAUGGGAUGCUAAGAUUGGAUAAUAAAAAGCUAAAUUAGACUAUCAUACAAGUUACGUUUAUUCAGUUUGUUUCUCUCCUGAUGGUAUUACCUUAGCAUCUGGAAGUUAAGACUAUUCUGUUCGUUUAUGGAAUGUUAAGACAGGAUAAUUAUAGGUCAAAUUAAAUGGCCAUACUAGCACUGUUUCUUCAGUCUGUUUCUCUCCUGAUGGUACACUAUUAGUAUCUGGUAGUUUUGAUAACUCUAUCCGAUUAUGGGAUGUUAAGACAAGUUAAUAAAAAGCUCAAUUAAAUGGUCAUAAUAAUGGAAUUCUAUCAGUCUGCUUCUCUCUUGAUGGUACUACAUUAGCAUCCGGUAGUUAUGAUAAGUCUAUCUAUUUAUGGGAUGUUAAGACAGGAUAAUAAAUAGUAAAAUUAGAUGGUCACACAAGUAAUAUUUAUUCAGUCUGCUUCUCACCUGAUGGUACUAUAUUAGCAUCUGGGAGUUAAGACUAUUCUAUCCGUUUAUGGGAUGUUAAGACAGGAUCAUAAAAAGUCAAAUUAGAUGGUCAUACCAGUUAUGUUUCAUCAAUCUGUUUUUCCUCAAAUGGUACUACUUUAGCAUCUGGUGGUUGGGAUAACUCUAUAUUGUUAUGGGAUGUUAAGACAAGAUUAUAAAAAACCAAAUUAGAUGGUCAUACUGAUUAUGUUCUAUCAGUCUGUUUCUCUCCUGAUGGUACUAAAUUAGCAUCGGGUAGUUGGGAUUACUCUAUUCGUUUAUGGGACGUUAAAAAAGAAUAAUAAAUAGCCAAAUUAGAUGGUCAUCUACAUAAUGUUUCUUCAGUCUGUUUCUCUCCUGAUGGUACUAUAUUAGCAUCUUGUAGUUGGGAUAGCUCUAUUCGUUUAUGGGACAUUACGGCACAACAAUAAAAUUUACUAUAAGGUUUUCCUUAUGAAGAUCUUUUACCAAAAAUUUAACAAAAAUUAUUUAACAACAAUGUUCAUUCACAUUCUGGUAUUUAUUUUGCACUUUUCUUUAGCUAUUUCAUAUUUUUCAAUUCUACAAAUUUCCUAAAACUAAAUUUUUGAAGCCAAAGGAACCAUAAUCUAUGAAGGAGAGUUUAUAAAUUAUGAAGGUUUUAAUUUAAGAUAGUUAUUCAAAUCUAAAGGCAGUUUGAUUGUUGAAAGAUCAAUAGAAUAGAAUAAAAUUGAUAUUAUCAAAAUAGUAUGA